UUUUCGUCGCCCCCGCCUUUCCUCCCCCUUCUCCUCAACCUCUUUAGUUCCUUCCCCGCUUCGCCAUCCACCAUCUCGCGAGACUUGGCCCAGAACAUUGCGGAUCGGGUCGGCGCCAUUUUGGGACUGAGACUGGUUGUGGGGGAGGGAAAAGCGGCAAAGGGGGAUUAUUCAAAGUACCGAAAACCUCCUCUCGGGAUCGAGCGCAGCGGCACCCCCAGGCCAGGGGCACUUCUGGUGUGGCAGAAGGUGAUCGAAUUACUCAGAUAUGAAGAUCAUCUAGGUUUUGUGUAAAAGGCCCGGAUAUUCAAGUGGCCAUUUGGAAUUACAAUGUUUUGGAUAAUUUUGCCCCAGAAGUUUAUUAAAAUUGUCAAGAAUCAUCUCUGAAGUGAAUUCAUAGUAGUGACAGUUCUAACAAGCUACUUAAAAAGAAACAUAGUCAUUUUUAGUAUUUUGGUUCAACGGAUGAUAUACCUGGUUUAAAGUGUUCAGCUGGUGGUAUUUUUGCCUUUCCCCAACUCCUCCCUCUUGUUAGUGUUCUUCAGCCAAAACUGUAAGAUAUGUUUGAUUUGUGUACUGAGUAGUUUCAGCAGUUUCAAAUUACUGUUUAAAUAUUGCUGAAGUUUCAUGGCAAUUAUUUUUACCUUUAUUAAAAGUUUUAGGAAUUUUUGACCUCAGCCCUAUUCAUGUCACAGUGGGGGCAGCUUUUCUAAAUGAAGACAUUGAAAGAAUACAGAGUUUUUUUCCUUUUAUCUUUUAUUUACGUGGAAAUUUAAGAUGUUGCAGUUUCCCAGCAGCAUGGUAGUAUUGAGAUAGCUAUGUGUCUCGGUAUAUGCUGAUGCUUAGGAAUGCUCUUCAGAUGUGAAAUUUUCUUUUUGUCUUUGCUUUUUGGCUCAUAAAUUGGAUAUUUCAUCUGGAGUGGAUAAGUACAACAGUGACAAGUUCAUGAAUAAUAAAGACGUGAUAAUCUUAAAUCUAAGGAACUUGGCUAAUUCUGGAGAUAGCCAUAUGAAACUUUAAACAGAAGUAUGGGUAGCUGACUUGAAGUAACUCUAUGUCAAAUAGUCAUAGCUUGAGUAUCUUCGAAGAACUUGGAUUUUAUUUCAGAGGGAUACAAAAUAAAAAAACAACUGGAAAACAUAAAGAUAACAGAGAAAAACUCAACACCUUCCUGUGCAGUCCUAUUGGAAUUUGGACUUGCCAUGAGGUGUUGAAGCCUUGUUUCAUUGAGUCGGAGAGACUGGACCUAAAUGGCGCAGCAUGACUUUGCUCCAGCCUGGCUUAAUUUUCCCACACCACCAUCAUCAACAAAGUCGUCAUUGAAUUUUGAGAAGCAUUCUGAAAACUUUUCCUGGACAGAAAAUCGUUAUGAUGUGAAUCGUCGACGACACAACUCUUCAGAUGGCUUUGAUUCUGGUAUUGGACGUCCUAAUGGAGGUAACUUUGGAAGGAAAGAAAAAAAUGGAUGGCGUACACAUGGAAGAAAUGGUACUGAAAACGUAAAUCAUCGAGGGGGAUACCAUGGUGGAAGUUCCCGUUCUCGUAGCAGUAUUUUCCAUUCUGGAAAAAGCCAAGGACUACAUGAAAACAACACACCUGACAAUGAAACAGGGAGGAAAGAAGACAAAAGAGAACGCAAACAGUUUGAGGCUGAGGAUUUUCCGUCUUUAAAUCCUGAAUAUGAGAGAGAACCAAAUCAGAAUAAGUCUUUAGCUGCAGGUGUAUGGGAAUAUCCUCCGAAUCCUAAAUCUAGAGCUCCAAGGAUGCUGGUCAUUAAGAAAGGUAAUACAAAAGAUUUACAGCUAUCUGGAUUCCCAGUAGUAGGAAAUCUUCAAUCACAGCCAGUUAAGAACGGGACUGGUCCAAGUGUUUAUAAAGGUUUAGUCCCUAAACCUGCUGCUCCACCUACAAAACCUACACAAUGGAAAAGCCAAACUAAAGAAAAUAAAGUUGGGACUUCUUUCUCCCAUGAGUCUACAUAUGGUAUUGGCAAUUUCAAUGCUUUCAAAUCAACUGCCAAGAAUUUUAGUCCAUCUACAACUUCAGUGAAAGAGUGUAAUCGCUCAAAUUCCUCUUCACCUGUUGACAAACUUAAUCAGCAGCCUCGUCUAACCAAACUGACACGAAUGCGCACUGAUAAGAAGAGUGAAUUUUUGAAAGCAUUGAAAAGGGACAGAGUAGAAGAGGAACAUGAAGAUGAAAGCCAUGCUGGCUCAGAGAAGGAUGACGACUCAUUUAAUUUGCAUAACAGCAAUAGUACUCACCAAGAAAGGGAUAUAAACCGAAACUUUGAUGAAAAUGAAAUUCCGCAAGAGAAUGGCAAUGCCACGGUUAUUUCCCAACAGAUCAUUCGGUCUUCAACCUUCCCACAAACUGAUGUUCUUUCAAGUUCACUUGAGGCAGAACACAGAUUGUUAAAGGAGAUGGGCUGGCAAGAAGAUAGUGAAAAUGAUGAAACAUGUGCUCCCUUAACUGAGGAUGAAAUGAGAGAAUUCCAAGUUAUUAGUGAACAGUUACAGAAGAAUGGUCUGAGGAAAAAUGGUAUUUUGAAAAAUGGCCUGAUCUGUGACUUCAAGUUUGGACCCUGGAAAAACAGCACUUUCAAACCCACUAUUGAGAAUGAUGACACAGAAACAAGUAGCAGUGACACAUCAGAUGACGACGAUGUGUGAAGGAUUUCCUAACAGCUUUAGAAAUUUUAGUGUGAUACAUCUCUCAUACAGUUUGGGGUGAAUUGUAAAAAUGAAGAACUAUAAUUUAUGUAGUAAAAUACCCCAUUAGAAGGUGAUUUUUUUGGGGGACUUCAAUAUGAAGAAAACCAAGAAUGUUGUGUUGGGCUGUGUUGAACAUUAUUUCUUUGUAAAUGAAUGUUGUAGAAAUGAGGACUUUGGUUGAUCCAGCAUUGACUUUCUUCAUCACUGCAGCAUUUCUCUGACUAGCAAUGUGACGAUGUAACAAAUGAGAUUUUCUCAUUUAAUAAUAAAAAAUUGUGUAAUGUUUUGCAAAGCUUCUGUCUUAAAAUGUCCAGGUCUUAAGAACAAAAGGCAGCUUACACUGUUUUGCUUGCAGAGUCAUAUCUUUUUCGUACAAUGGAAAUCCUCAAGUCCACUUUGUGCGUCCCUCCACCUCCCCCAAAAAAGGACAAUGUAGCAUGUUGGCUAAAACUGGAGCAAAGUGCACUAAAAUAUUAAUUUCCUGAACUCAACUGUUGUACUAGUCACCUUUUAAAACAUAAAUUGCUCUUUAGCCAUUUGUAGUUCAGUAAAUAUUACAGGAAAGACUUGCCACACUUUCUUCCAAAUUUUAAGAGGUGAUUUUCAAGAGCUUUAUUUGGGUGUGUUGUCAGACCAAGGUUUUCAGAGUUGAUGGAAAAGAGUUGUGGGAAAACAUAUUUUGAUAAAUUAUUACACGUGCAGAAAAACUGAUCACACUGACUGGAUCUGUCCACAACAUGGAAAAUAAACUGGAUUUUCAGAA